AUAUGUAUGUACAUAUGUAUGUUUUAGUGCAUGUGCAUAAAUACAUGCAUAUAAAAAAUUUAUUAAACUAAAGUGCAUAAGUGUAUCUCAUAUUCAAAUCACGAUGAAAGUGAAAAAAAUCCGGCACCUACUUUUGCUCAUUCUCCGGUUAAGCUCAAUUGCAUUAUGUGCUGCGUUACCCACCAACGCUCCGACACACAGUACACAAAAUAAUAGUGCGACGACUAGCGUUCCUAACGCCGACAUUGUUCCAACAACAGCAAAUGUAGCUGCAAUAGAUGUGAUGCAGAAUGGUUUGAACGAAAUCGAAAGUGAAUAUCGCGUCAAGUAUGCCCAACAAAUGCUGACAUAUAUGAAUCAGUCGGUGCAACCAUGUGAAGAUUUCUACGAAUACGCCUGUGGCAAUUGGAAGAAUGUGAUUCCCGAACGUCAAUCGCAGCACAAACGCAGCAAUCUUAUUGAUAUUGUUUACAGUUUAGGCGAAGCCGUUCAACAACUUCUCCAGCAAGAUUCAUCAUCGUUCGAUAACUUUCAGUAUACGUUAGAAUUGAAUAAGGCAAGGCGGAUUUAUAAUGAUUGUCUCACAGCUGACUUAUAUCCGGUGAAAUAUUCUCAAGUGUAUUUGGAUAUAAUCAAGUCGAUUGGUGGCUUUCCAGCUGUCGACGAGACGUGGAGGCCAGAUAACUUCAGUUGGUUCAAUAUGAGCGCACACUUAACCAACUAUGGCGCCUUGGGUUUAAUCAAAGAGGAAAUAAUGCCGCAAUAUCCGUUUCCGCCGUAUUUCAAAUUACCUGAUUUGGGUUUCGAAUACAUUGUACAUACAGACAACAUAGACACAAAUAGUUCACACGAAUUGAACGAAAAACGUAUGCGUAACUACUUGCAUUUGUAUGGGGUUAAUGGUGAGCAGAAAAUUGAGCGGAUCAUUGCGGAUAUCGUAGAAACUUGGAGAGCCAUACUCAAUAUUACAGACGAGUUUCAUGAGGAUAUGAAUGAAUGUGAGGUCCUGACAGCGGCACUGGGCAUAGACGAAUUCCAGCAAUGGAAUAAUUAUUUGGACAUCGCAUGGAACAGCACAAAAUUUGAGUUGGAGGAGGAGACUUGGCCUUGCCAUCACUUUUACAAUGAGCUGGACAGAGUAUGUAAUGAGCGUAAAGAGGCGGUGGCAAAUUAUUUGGCUUUGAAAUUUAUUUAUCGUAUGGAUGCACGGCUGCAGGAUAAGAAAUUUCAAACGGAGCAUUGUAAUAUGAUGAUUCAGCAUGUAUUACCUCACCUUUUGAAUGAAAUGUAUAUGAAGGUAAACGAUGGGAAAAAUUAUGAAAACUUAAAUUUAAAUUGAAUCAUUUUGCUAAGGUUAUAUAUUUAGUUGUGCAAAUGUAUAAAACCCAUUUUUUAAGAAACUGUGACGUCUUAGAAACGCGGCUAUUUGAAGUUAUUGAUUUGUUUCACUUAAAAGCAAACUAAUAAUACGAUUCUAUGAGGAAUAACCUUAAAAGCCUUUGAAGUAGAUAUGGACAAAACACAUGAUUGCCUACGUUAUACGUUGUGUCGUGUUUUUUUCACGUGUGAGCGUGAGUGGUUUGGAGAGAAAAUUCCCGUAACUUCCGUGAUUGUGCAUAA